CGCUCAUUGCCUUCCCAGAGAGCUUCUUCACCGUGCUUCGUGCGCCAAAACUUGUUAGUUUUUCUUUCCCGUUGAUUACAAAUUUCCCGCGCUCAUCAAAUUGCAGGGAAGAGCCAUGCUGCUCUCGCCCCAAACCGCCCCAAUCUUCUGGGUCUCUCUCCCUUUUCACCACAAUAAUCCUAAUCCUAAUCCUAAUCCUAAAGAAAACUCUGUCAAAUCCCAAAAUGCUUUAAUUUCCUACAGACCAUCUUCAACGGCCCUUCCGUUACCCACCAAUUCGUAUUAUUCUUCCACCACAACCCGUGCCUCGGCCUCGCUCACCCAAACAUCUGUUCAAGAAACUACGGAUGUUAACAUUGAGAUUUGCAGUUUCUGCGAAUUGGGUAAUCUUAGAAAUGCCGUGCAAUUGCUUUGCACGGCUCAGAAAUCCGAGCUUGAGACGAAGACUUACUGUUCUGUGUUGCAGCUCUGUGCUGAACUUAAAUCGCUAGAAGAUGGUAAAAAGGUUCACUCUAUUAUAUGUUCUAAUGGCUUAGUGAUUGAUGGACUUUUGGGUGCGAAGCUUGUUUUCAUGUAUGUCAAUUGUCGGGAUUUGAGAGAAGGGAGGCGGGUUUUCGAUAAGGUUGCGAAUGAAAAGGUCUUUCUUUGGAAUCUUAUGAUAAAUGAGUACGCAAAGAUUGGUGAUUUUGGGGAAAGUAUACGUUUAUUUAGGAAGAUGCAGGAGUUAGGGAUCGAAGCAAAUUCAUAUACGUUUCCUUGUGUUUUGAAGUGUCUCGCCGCCUUAGGAAAUGUAGAAGGCGGCAGUCAGGUUCAUGGGUAUUUGUUGAGAUUGGGUUUUGGUUGUCACAAUUCAGUUGUGAAUUCUCUGAUUACUUUCUACUUCAAAUGUGGAAGAGUUGAAAGUGCAGAGCAGUUGUUCGAUGAAUUGAGUGAUCGAGAUGUUAUAUCAUGGAAUUCAAUGAUAAGUGGGUAUGCUUCGAAUGGUCUUGCAGAGAAGGGACUUGAGAUUUUUAAAGAGAUGCUAGUUUUGGGGGUUGAUGUAGAUUUGGCGACAAUAGUGAAUGUUUUUGUAUCUUGUGCAAGUAUUGCUGCAUUAUUGUUGGCUAGAGCACUUCAUGCUUAUGCAAUAAAAGCUUGUUUGGACAGAGGAAUCAUGUUCAAUAAUACUCUGCUAGAUAUGUAUUCAAAAUGUGGUGAUUUGGAUUCUGCAAUUCGAGUUUUUGAGAAGAUGGGCAAAAGAAGUGUCGUGUCAUGGACUUCCAUGAUAGCAGGUUAUGUCCGAGAAGGUCUAUCUGAUCGGGCAAUUGGAUUAUUCCGUGAAAUGGAAAAGAGUGGUGUUAGCCCUGAUCUUUUUACUAUCACUAGCGUCCUUCAUGCUUGUGCUUGUAAUGGCUCUUUGGAUGGGGGCAGGGAUGUACACGCUUAUAUAAAGGAAAAGAAAAUGGACUCAAGUUUGUUUGUCUCUAAUGCUCUCAUGGAUAUGUAUGCAAAAUGUGGGAGCAUGGAAGAAGCUCACUCAAUUUUUUCUCAGAUGCCUGUAAAGGAUAGUAUCUCAUGGAACACAAUGAUAGGGGGUUGCUCAAAGAACUGUCUUCCCAAUGAAGCUCUUACUUUGUUUUUUGAGAUGCAAGGAGUGAUAAAACCAAACAGCAUAACAAUAGCCUGUAUCCUUCCAGCUUGUGCCAGCCUAGCAGCUCUAGAAAGAGGCCGAGAGAUUCAUGGUCACGUAUUGAGAAAUGGAUACUCUUCAGAUCAAUAUGUUGCCAAUGCACUUGUUGACAUGUAUGUAAAGUGUGGGGCACUAGUUCUUGCACGGUUACUUUUUGACAUGAUUCCUUCAAAGGACCUGAUCUCAUGGACAGUUAUGAUUGCUGGAUAUGGAAUGCAUGGGUUUGGAAGUGAAGCAAUUGCAACCUUUAAUCAGAUGAGAAAUGCCGGCAUUGAACCUGAUGAAGUUUCCUUUAUUUCUGUUCUUUAUGCGUGCAGUCAUUCUGGAUUACCUGAUGAAGGAUGGAGAUUUUUUAAUAUUAUGAGAAAUGAAUACAAUAUUGAGCCCAAAUUGGAGCAUUAUGCUUGUAUGGUGGAUCUUCUUUCCCGCACUGGGAAGCUGUCAAAGGCAUACAGAUUCAUUGAAACGAUGCCAAUUGAACCAGAUGCCACAAUUUGGGGUGCCUUGCUCUGUGGGUGCAGGAUCCACCAUGAUGUAAAACUAGCAGAGAAAGUUGCAGAACGUGUUUUUGAACUGGAGCCAGAGAACACAGGGUAUUAUGUACUUCUAGCGAAUAUCUAUGCAGAGGCAGAAAAGUGGGAAGAGGUGAAAAAGUUGCGGGAGAGGAUGGGUCGGCGAGGAUUGAGAAAGAACCCAGGUGCUAGUUGGAUAGAGAUCAAAGGCAAAGUUAAUAUCUUUGUGGCUGGAGAUAGGUCACACCCACAAGCCAAAAGGAUAGGGUUACUGUUAAAGAGGUUAAGAACGAAGAUGAGGGAAGAGGGUUUCUUUCCAAAGACAAAGUAUGCUUUAAUUAAUGCAGAUGACAUGGAGAAGGAAGUGGCUCUCUGUGGGCACAGUGAAAAGUUAGCAAUGGCUUUUGGAAUAUUGAGCCUACCUUCUGGCAAAACCAUAAGAGUGACAAAGAAUCUAAGAGUAUGCGGUGACUGUCAUGAGAUGGCCAAGUUCAUGUCAAAGUCAACUAGCAGGGAGAUUGUCUUGAGAGAUUCCAAUCGCUUUCACCAUUUCAAGGAUGGUUAUUGUUCUUGCAGAGGUUUCUGGUGAAUCUAUGGGGAGUAGGAAUUUGAAUGUAAAGGAUUUCAUAUCUAGAACAGUAGCAAAUCAGGGGUGUUUGGCAACCUAUUCUUUUCUCCUUUUGGGAAACUUCUUUUUUCACAUUAACAAACAACUUUCUUUACUUUUCGCUUACAAAAAAUUCAAAACUCAUUUCACCUUUAUGUUACUUCAACCCAUAUCUUUCUUCUUUUUCCUCUCAAGAAUGUUUGCCAAACAACCCGACUUCUCAAGAAAUGUCUAAGAGCAUCUCCAACAGGUUCUUCAAAACCUUUAUAUUGUCUAAAUUUCGACAAUAGGAGCCAAAACUCUUCUCCAACAGAUUAGGUAUCAGCUUAUCUAAACAUACUUUUGCUACAGUAAAAGGCCACAAGUAGAUGGUGUUGCUGGAGAUGCUCUAAGUUGUAAAUUAUGGUUUAUUGACUGACACAAACAUACCUCGGAUGAGGAUUAGAAUCUCUUGUAUAUGUUGGGUUAAAUGAAAUCAUACUUAAUCCACAGGUCAAA